GAUAUGAACUUUGUUAAAGUAACGGAGACGGGCUUAACUCUAACUUACUCUGAUGGCAACAAGUCAAAUCAUCCCGAUACUAAUCCAAGAUCUGACGAAAGUGGGGCCAUUUUCACCUAUAGAAUAAUUGCAAAAGCUGAGCAGAAAACUAUUCUGUAUGCUACAAAACUUGGUAGUGCACUCGGUAGUGCGUUAGAGAAACAAGGAUUUAAAGUUCCAAAUGCUAUUUUAACUGAUUUACCUGAGGGUUAUGCGCUGUUCGAACAUAUUAAGCAAUAUCCGCCAGACGAAUCGGGUAAAGCAAAACCAAUAAGGAAAGACACAUAUUUAUUUGGUAAUGGUUCAAAGUACCGUUCACCCGCUGAAUUUGAGGAACAUCUUUUAUGGUUAGCUUCAAAUAAGACUUCUUCUUGUCGUUGUAGAUACUGCGAUAAAGGAUGGAGUACGGGCUCGGAUCUGGAUUCAACUUCACGCAAAAAAAAUGAUGUGGAUCCUCAUCCUAACAAAAAAAUUAAAUCAAAUGUACUUCAGAAUGAACCUUUAAAUUUGGCAUCAUCAUCUAAUUCAAAAAUACACCAAAGUGAAAUCGCAUCAAAAUAUUUAAUUCAAGAGAGAAAUCCUAAAGAAACUUUAAAUUUAGCAUCAUCAUCUAAUUCAAAAGUACAUCAAAUAGACAUCGCAUCAAAAACUUCUUUAAUACAAGAGAAAAAUCCUAAAAGAACUUUAAAUUUGGCAUCAUCAUCUAAUUCAAAAGUACAUCAAGCUGGCAUCACAUCAAAAACUUUAAUGCAAGAGAGAAAUCCUAAAGGAACUUUAAAUUUAGCAUCAUCAUCUAAUUCAAAAGUACAUCAAGCUGGCAUCAUAUCAAAAACUUUAAUACAAGAAAGAAAUCCUAAAGGAACUUUAAAUUUAGCAUCAUCAUCUAAUUCAAAAGUACAUCAAGCUGGCAUCACAUCAAAAACUUUAAUACAAGAGAGAAAUCCUAAAGGAACUUUAAAUUUAGCAUCAUCAUCUAAUUCAAAAGUACAUCAAACCGACAUCACAUCAAAAACUUCUUUAAUACAAGAGAGAAAUCCUAAAGGAACUUUAAAUUUGACAUCAUCACCUAAUUCAAAA